ACGAAAGAUAACAAUGAGUUCUUACCUUUCUGUUUUCACAAGAUGUCUGGUAGCGACUUGUGGGCAGAUAGGUCUACGAAAUUAAAUGAACUGAAGUGACACUGAUUUGUUAAUACCGCUGGAAUUGAUAUUUUUGGUUUUAUUAACAUUCAUUUAACUUUAAAGGUAAACACCAUCAUUUGUACCAGGUCCAUAGACGUAGAAAUGUAUUCACUUGUUUAACGCCUGUCGAUUUCAACAACUUAUACUAUGACCAGUAUACAAAUCUCGCGUGGACCCACCGUCACCUGUUAAUAAAAAAGAUCUCCAGAAGAACCGUCUAAUCACAAUGAAUUACAACGAAAGACAGAGUCCGCAAUCAAAAUGGGAUAAUCAAGAGGCUUAUUAUCAUUGGUACCCACUUUUAUCAAUUAUUGCAAGCAAAGAAUUGUUCGGUGACCAACUAAGCGCUGUCGGUCGACUGCUAAUCAGCGUAUCGGUCAGUCACGCUGAUUUUGAAGUCUAUGACGCCACAGGUUUAACAGUAACUGAAAUGGUGGCCAGCAGUAUAGACGACAGUGUGAACAGUAACAACACAGCAUGUCUGAAUACGAUCUGGACACGAGAUUUGAGGUUGAUGAUUUCGGCGAAUAUUGCCGACAAGAAGUCGAAAUCCAGCAAUAUCAGUUUGAGCGUUCAAAAAGAAGAAGAUUUUAGUGAAAUCGACUCUCAAAAUGACCGCUUGGGUAACAAAGAAUAAUGUAUCAUA